AAACUGACAAGAUAACAUAUGGUAACCAUUCAGAUGCCAAUGAUGUUAAAACAAUGCCAAAGAUUUCUAUUCCAAUUGAAAAUCCUAAACGAUCUGAUUCAAUCAGCAGUAAUAAAUCUCAUUGUCAUCAAUUUAGUGUUGCUGCUCUAACUGAUGAAGUAACUCAUUCCUCCGCAUGUUCAGAAGAAUCCACAAAGCCACAAACUACUAUUCUUUCUAAAUCUGCAAAACAUCCAACUGGUAAAAAGCGAGCAUAUAGGAAAUCAGAACAACGUGAUAUCACAAAUAUUAUCUCUGAUAAAUAUUCACAUCGUCAUAAUGAUUAUGAUAAAUCUUUUAUACAUUGUAAAUUGAACAAUUCUACACAAGCAAAUCAAUAUUCAAUUGUAGAUAAUAAUAAUAAUAAUAAUAAAUAUCGGAAUUCAACAAUUAACGAUUCAUUAAAAGGAGUACCAUACUUUCCUACAACUGUUAGCACAACUCAUAAUUAUGAUCGAAUACAUGAUACAGUUUCAAAGUAUGCUUCAUUCACAAAUCGUAAUGUCAAUUCAAUGCCAUUUACUGUACGUAAUCCAACGGAUUCUCUCCCUGGUCAUCAUCCAUAUUUACCACCAAGAGGAUUUUCAGAUGCUACUACUACAAGUUGUAGUUCACAAAUCAGACCACAGUCAUCAUCAACAGCAACCUCUCAAUGCCAUCAUCAUUAUAUGCCCGAAUUCAUUAUUUUCACAUCAAAAUUUAUUAAAACAAUUCAUGGGUAUUGA